UGAAAACAACCGAUGGUUUCACUAUGGCAAUUUAAAGUUGUCUGGGGAAAAGAGGACUUUUGGUCACCCUAGGUCAAAUAUGUAAGAGGGGAAGAGCAGUAAACUCUAUGUUAUUCUCACCUAAUCACAUCUCUAUCACAUCCCGCGCACCUGAAAUACCAAGCAUACACCAUGUCUUUCACCCCAAAGGGAUACAGUAAACCCCAAACAGUUACAAGCACUAAAUCCACUAAACCAGUGGAUGAUGGCAAAAAGAAAGCCCUGCUGAAGGACAAUAGCUGGAUUAGGACAAAUACGAAUGAGGACGAGAAAGUCGAACGUGAUACGAACUUCGGCAAAGCUGUUCUGAGUCGUUACAGGUCCAACGAAAAUCUUGUCAGCCCUCAAGAUAAAACUAGCAAAACUGAGAGCAAAACCACCACUGUAACCACUUCAGGUACCUCUGUCCAAGCGCUCAGUAAAAGAUUUGGUGGCAGCCAGGACAAACUGAAUGAAACCAGAACCACAGGAAUUAAAACAAGCGUGAAAGCGGAGCCCAGGAAAAGCUCUACUACUACCACAACAACAACAGUCAAAGAUGGUGCAAAGAUAACCGAGACAACAGUGACCACUACCAAGCAGGAAGUGGUGAAAUCAUCUACCAAGUCUGCAGCACUCACCGAUAAAGACCUGACAGAUUUAAACACCAAGAGUUCUAGUGGUUACAAGACUGAGGUCGUUACUGUCAAGUCAUCAAAGGACACUGUUGAUGGACCAACCUCACCUGUCAAGACCACCACGAGCAUCAAAACCUACACCAAAGGGGAUGUUUCACCCACUAAAACAACAUCAUAUUCUGUCAAGUCCACAAAGAGCACUGAAGAUCAACUGUUUGAUACUCUCAUACCAACAUCGAUCAAGUCAGCCAAUACAAAAUCUGACAGCAGUGACUACAAGACUGAAGUGGUUACAGUGAAGACAUCAAAGGAGAUCAUUGAUGUGCCAACUUCACCUGUCAAGACCACUACAAGCAUCAAGACUUACACCAAGGAGGAGGUUUCACCACCUAAAACAACAUCCUACAGCACAAAGAGUGACUACAAGACUGAAGUGGUUACUGUGAAGUCUUCAAAGGAGAUCAUUGAUGUACCAACUUCACCUGUCAAGACCACUACAAGCAUCAAGACUUACACCAAGGAGGAUGUUUCACCACCUAAAACAACAUCUUACAGCACUAAGAGUGACUACAAGACUGAAGUGGUUACUGUGAAGUCUUCAAAGGACAUCAUUGAUGUACCAACUUCACCUGUCAAGACCACUACAAGCAUCAAGACCUACACCAAGGAGGAUGUUUCACCAUCUAAAACAACAUCUUACAGCACAAAGAGUGACUACAAGACUGAAGUGGUUACUGUGAAGUCUUCAAAGGAGAUCACUGAUGUACCAACUUCUCCUGUCAAGACCACCACAAGCAUCAAAACCUACACCAAGGAGGAUGUUUCACCCUCUAAAACAACAACAUAUUCUGUCAGUUCCACAAAGAGCACUGAGGAUCAACUGUUUGAUACUCUCAUACCUGCGUCAAUCAAGUCAGCCAGCUCAAAAACUGACAGCAGUCGCGAGGAUGUAUCCGUCUCCAAAUCCAUCAGAACCGUGUACUCAACAAAUGAAAGAGAUGAGUGGAGUUCAGUCACAAGUCCUUCUUACACCAGAACAACAUACACAGAGAACAGGCCUAUUGAUUACCUGUCUGACACGCUCUCAUCACAAACCAUUACAACUGUGUACACAUCACCAGAAAGGGUAGUAAGUGGGAAGGACAUUUGCACAGUCUGCCAUAAAAAUAUGUACACUGAUGAAAAGAUUGUCCUGGAUGACAUGAAUAUCAACUGUCACGCAAGCUGUUUCAGGUGCGGGGUGUGUAAUGCUUCUCUGGGACACCUGAAGGCAGGGGACAGUUUGUGGGUGUACCGUCGUUCCAUUCACUGUGAGAGCUGCUUUGGUGUCACUAAGGGCAAAUGGAUGCGCUGAAACUACAUUUAGCAAUAAUGAAGUGAUGUUAUGAAAGAGAUGGCAAAUAUACCUGCCUAUUCCAGAACCUUCCCAUGGUUUUGAUUUGGACUCGGCCCAUUUGAAGUGCAUAAAAAAAAGUUUUUGGUGGUGGACUUCUGUUUGAAAAUAGACUUUGGGUUUUAUUAAUUGCAUUGAUUGCUAUCCUCCCUGAUGAUGCGACAAGGAUCUUAUCUGAUUAUCAAAAUAAGAAUGUUUUUAAAGAAUAUCAUACAUGAUAAUAAAUAUUUUUGGAGCCGCUUUAGUUUUUUCCUUCACUGUUGUUAUGUUAUUAAAGCAUACAUGUAUAUGAUGAGAAAAUGUCAUACUUCUCCUGAAGUUUCAUCUGAUUAUCUUUUAUUGUUUAGAUCUGGUUAAACACCAUUCCUAAGACAAGAUAUGCAGUGCCUUUCACCACUGUAGCUAUAAACUGAAUAUGCUUGUGUUGGAAGUAUUUCUUAAGAAUUGCAGGCUUUCAGAAUUGCUGUGAUCAACAUCAGACACUUUAACUGGAAUCUUGUGACAGGAUUCCUAAGAAGAUGCAAAUAAAGAGCUAAAGUUAGCCAUUGCUCUGUGAGGGAUUGAGAGAGUUUGCUGCCAUUAGACGGCCAGCUUGACAUUCAUUUUGACAUUAUUUAACCUUUUACAUAUGAAUCUUUUUAAAAUGUUGAUAUUAUUUGUAUUUCUGUAUCUUUAUCAAGUGGGAAACAACCCAACUAAACUUCAAAACAUCACAGAAUUCUUUAAAUCAA